AUGGGUACAUGCACCUCGUCAAUAAGGAACAUAACUCGAAAAACAACCUCACCAUCCCUUCGUACAUUUAAAGACAGAAAGAACACAAGAAGGAGACUCUCAAUUAGCACAAAGGGAGAACUUCCAAAUGAUACUGAUGAAGUAAAGAGAAGUAUACAAGAGCUGAAGGACAAUGAAGAUAGGUUUAAAGAAUCGUCAGAAAAUGAUUCCCAUACAAAAGUUGGCGUAAAAUCACAAAAGGAAGAAGGGAAAAAAUAUGAAGAGAAAAAAAAAAAAAUAAAAAGUAGAUCUUCCGUAGCAGGAGUGAGAGCAUCGCAUUUUCAAGAAGAUUUUGAAAAAAAAUGUGUAAAAAUUAAAGGUUCAGUUGAUAAAUUGAAUGAAAAUGGAAUAGGAUAUGUAUGUAGAAAAGGAUUAAAACCUGAAAGUCCAAAUCAAGACGAUUUUACAAUUAUUACAACGGAAAACUUAGCGUUGUAUGGAAUUUUUGAUGGACAUGGGCCUUAUGGGCAUGAUGUUUCAAAUUACGUACAAAAGGAACUACCUUAUAUGAUUAUAAAGAAUGAAAAUUUUUUAAAAAAUCCAAAGGAAGUUUUUACUAAUGCCUUUUUAAAUAUUCAUGCAAAUAUCGAAAAAACCACUAAUGCGUACCUUGAAGAAUUAACAUUUAAUCCUAAAAGGAAUAGUAAAGGUGGAAAUAAUAAAAAUGUUCACAUGAAUAAGAAUAUAAAUAGCUCAAUUGUGAGUACUCAAUUCGAUUUAGAUAUGCAACAAAUAGAAAAUUCUGAUGAAGAAGUGGGAGAGGACAAUGAAGAUGUCGAUGACGACGAUGAUGAUGACGAUGAUGAUGAUGACGAUGAUGAUGACGAUGAUGAAGAUGAUGAAGAUGAUGAAGAAAAUUUUAGUGAUAACUUCCAAACAGACAGCAAAGAAAAAUACGCUAACACUGAUAGCGACAGUAAUAUUGAUAACUAUAAAAAUAGUGAUGAUAAUGAGGAUCAAAAGAAUGGCAAUAAAAGGGGGGGGAAAAAGGAAUCCAAAAAAUGUUCGAACGAAGGGGAUAUCAUUAAGACUAAGAAGGAAGGACAAAAAUUAAACAAAAAGAAAAAAAAAAAAAAAGAAACCUUUUUUGAUAGUACAAUGAGUGGUACGACAGCAACAAUAAUAGUUCAUGUAUUUAAGGAAAAAAAAUUAUAUAUAGCUUAUGUAGGGGAUUCUAGAGCUGUACUAGGCAGGAGGAAAAAGGGAUUUCCAGAUAUGUUAGAGGCAUUCGAUCUUACUAAGGAUCAUAAACCCAAUUCUGCAGCUGAAAAAAAGAGGAUUAUAAAUUCUGGUGGUCAAGUACUGAAACUUGAGGGAGACAUACCUUAUCGUGUUUUUCUAAAAAAUAAAUUCUAUCCUGGAUUGGCCAUGUCAAGAGCUAUUGGAGAUACUAUAGGUCAUCAAAUAGGUAUAAUUUCUGAACCUGGUUUCAUGGAAAUUAACAUAAACGAAGAUGAAGAUAUCCUCGUUUUGAUAUGUAGUGAUGGUGUAUGGGAAUUCAUUUCUUCUGAAGAGGCCGUUAACCUGAUCUACGAAUUUGGAUAUGAUAAUGUUCAAGAUGCCGUUGAAAAUUUAGCCAAAGAAUCAUGGGAUCGAUGGCUAAACGAAGAGGAAAACAUCGUAGAUGAUAUAACCAUACAAGCUAUAUAUUUAUCAGAUAAAUGCAAAAAUAAGAAAUAA